AUGGCCGCAUCAGGUGUUGAGGACUCUGCCAUGGACAUCGAUAAACCGUCUGCCCCUGCGCCGCCAAAAUUUAAAGCCUCUGAUCUUCCUCUACCUUCGGCGACAAGAGCGGCGAUAGAAUCCCUCGCGCAUAGCUUCAAGAAGGAGGGCGCCUAUGAUACUAUCCGCAAACAAGUUUGGGACAAAUUCGAAGCCAGCGACUACGAGGCUCAAGUCACAAAAUCUAUUCUCGAAGUCGCUGAACAGGAAAUCGAACGCAAUCCGCAGCAACUCCUCACACUCGAUCGCAGAAAGGCUGCGGCCCUCAUCGAUGGUGCUCUAGAAAGAUCUGGAGUCUACCAAAAGGCAGAAGAUGUCAUCAGCCAAUUAAUCGACGUCGGCGCUAUAGAAGAGCGCAUCCGCGAAACACGACGGGCAGAUGUUGGCGAAGAAGUAGCAGAGGCGGAAAAAGCUCGAGGUGCUAAAACAGAUGAGGAGUAUGCGACUGAAACAGAGGCUCGACGGGCGGAGCGUGAACGCGUACGGGAAGAAUUGCGACAGAAAGAAGAAGCAAUUGAAGAGGAGAAGCGACGGAUUUUGAAAGAGGAACGGAAGAAGGAGGAGCGAGAGCGUGAGAAAGCCGAACUCAAACGCCAGGAAGAAAGAGACGAGCGUCGCAGAAAGCGCGAACAAGAACGUGAAGAGCGUGAGAGACUGCGGGAUCUCGAAAGGGAGAAGCGACACAAAGAGCGUGAUCGCGAUCGCGAUAGGGACCGAAGCCGGAACACACGAGACCGGGACAGAGGCCACGAUCGAGACAGAGACCGAGAUCGCCGCCGCGACGAUGACCGACAUAGGGACGACCGCCAUAAGGAGAAACUGGCUGUUUCUGCAGAGUUGAAAGAGAAGCUCUCCAAAGAGGAGCAUGAGCGCCUGGAACAAGAGGCUUUGGCUGAUUUACUUCGCGAAAGUUCCAAGCCAUCUCAAAAGCAAGAGAUGGAGGUCGAUGCGGCUCUGGCACCGCCACCACGAAAGACAGGGCCCGUUUCGGCCAUCAACCCCAUUCGGCGAGAACGCUCUUCAAUCGCCGAAGGCCGCAAGACCAGCGAUGCAGGGCUUAAGGCGGAGCGCGCCGAUUCCGAAACUCCCUCUCAAGCAAAGAAGCCUACAGUCGACGAAACCAAACCAGGACGAAGUGCUUCACGAGCUGUGGAUCGUGAUGGAGAUCGCGACAGAGAUCGUGAUCGUCCACGGGAGCGAGACAACCGUCGUGACCGGCGCUCAAACUCCCCACGCAGAGGACAAAGUGGGUCGCGGGUUCGGGACAGACGUGAUCGAAGCCGCUCUCGAACUAGACAAGAUAGAGCCCGCUCAGGGGUUGUCAGAGACGAGCGCACUGCUAGAAGCCGCUCUCGUCCCAAGUAUGAUCACUAUGAGCGAAGCAGAUCUCGAAGACGCGAACGCAGUCGCUCCCGACCCAGGGUGGCUGAUCGUCGCGAGAGAAGCAGGUCGAGAGCCAGGACAGACAGAAGAGAUCGAAGUCGAGAAAGGAGAGAUCGCUCACGAUCGCGGCUGCGUACUGAGAGACGGGAUAGAACCCGCUCUCGUACUCGGCGUGAUCCAAGCCGUCCCCGCGAUGUCCGACUUGGUGGAGCUGAUCACUAUGAUCCCCGAGAAAGAGAUCGUGAUAGAGAUCGCCCUCGAGACCGCGAGAGAAACGAAAGAUCUCCACCACGACGACGAAGCCGAGAGAGAACUCGUGAUGACCGUGAUCAAGAGAAGCCACGCGAGAAAGAACGCGACAAGGCCCCCGAGAAGGAACGUGAAAAAGAAAAGGAGAAACCAUCCGACCGACGAAGCCCUUCUCGAUCACUGGCUACCGCCUCUGCUGCGCGACCCAGCUCUAGCAAGGCACAGGAUGAGCUUGAAGAGUGGAAGCAAGAAGAGGUCAAGAAGCGGGAAAAGGAGGCCAAGGCAUAUCUGGCGGCACAGAAGGACGCCAGAAACAAGGGCCUACCGAUCCCAGGACUCGAUGAUAAAAAGAGCAGUGGCGAGAUAUCGCCCGACUUGCGGCGCCGUCGCGUCACCGACGACAUUGAUAGGUACAUGCCUGGAGGCCGCGAGGAACGCAGAGCAAGUCGCACUAGGAGUCGCAGCCGCCAGCGUGACGCGACUAAGGACCGGGAUCGUGAACGGGACAGAGGCGAUAGAGAUAGGGACCGUGAUAAGUUGAGAGGCGGAGACAGCUACCGCGAGCGAGACCGGGACAGAGAUCGCGAUAGGGAUAGAGAUCGAGACCGCAGAGACAGGGACCGAGACCGAUCUCGUGAACGAGAGCGGGAUAGAGACCGCGAUAGGGAUCGGGAGAGAGAACGGUCUAGGGACAGGAGAAACAGACGAGAUCGGAGUUUGUCUCCCAGGCGAGAGCGACGGGAUGGUAGUAGAACUCGUCGCUAA